AUGUCGAAAGCAAAAAAUGCGGAAAUACAGCAAGAUUUGUACAACAAUGCAACCAACAAAUUGGAUAACGAAAUUUACAAUCACCAAAAAAACGUACAAUCGCUCAAAAUAGAUACAAGCCCUGUUUUCAAAAAAAGUAGUCAACACAAUAUCUUAAGAAGUUCAGAGGGUAAAGCCUGCAAAUCAUUGAAAUUUUUACCUCAGGAAAAGAGUCAUUUAUUUUCUCCAAUCAAAUAUCAAAAAGCUGAUAAUAAUCCUAUACCCAAACUAAAUUGGGCAGAUAAUCAUAAUUUAUGGAAAUUACUAAAAGAAAGUGAAAAUAGAUUAGAAUCAAAGGCCAAUUUGUUAAACAAUCAUCCAGAUCUCAAUAAUCACAUGUUACAAGUUUUAUUUGAUUGGCUGAGUGAAGUAUGUGGGGUCAUGAACCUGAAAAGAGUCACCUACCAUUUAACUUUGCAUUUAGCAUAA